AUGAGCUCGGUCUGGGGCAGGUGGCAGAUGUGGUGUGACGAGACGGACCUGGAGUGCUACACACCGUUGGUACCAGGGUCUAAGGGUAAGCUUCACAAGCGAUACAACAAGCUGUUGAAGCGCAUGUUCUCGGAUGAGAAGAAGAAAGCACACUUCAAACGCCAAGUGGAGAGGUGCUUUGCCUUUGCUCAGUCGGGAACGUACAGGCGAGGACGCCUCCGGGCGUGGGGCGAGUUGCAGUUGUCCGAGGAUGGGGUGGAAGUGCCGGGUCAUCGUUAG